UAGCUGGUUAUCCAGGGCCGGUGCAGUGUUUCUCAGCACCCUAGGCAAAACUUCAGCGCACCCACCACCACCACCCGGUAGCCAGCCCCUCAGCUGAAAUGUUGAAAAGUGCAGAGGUGGCGUCUUACAAGUUCCACAGCACCAACUGCCUGAUAACUGCAGUGACACUUUUGGCGGUCCCUGCCAGCCUGAGUUUUGCCACACUUCGGGUACAUGCUGCCAGUGAAACACAGACUCCUGUCAAAAUACUGAUGAAAGUGGAAGAGCUUUCCCUGUACUCCACCCCAGUUCAAGAAGCCAGAUACGUUGAAGAGAAACAGACAGAGCUGGAGGAGGGAUUCUCAUGGCUGAGGAAAUCUGUGUCCCCAUAUACUAGCUGGUGUCAGGAUGUGUAUAUGAAGACCAAGCCUAAACUGGAGACUGCUGUGGAGCACUCUAAAGUGACGUAUGAAUUGUUAAGGGAUGCACCACCCGGAUUCUACCCAAGGCUUGGCUUGAUUGGAUUUGCAGGAGUUGUUGGAUUAUUCCUUGCAAGAGGUUCAAGAAUAAAGAAAAUAAUAUAUCCACUUGGGUUUAUGGGAAUUGGAGCCUCUCUCUAUUAUCCACAGCAGGCAGCAACAAUUGCAAAGGGAACUGGCACAGUCCUCUAUGACUGGAGUCUCCAAGGAUUUGUUACAUUAGAAUCUUUGUGGAAAGAUGGCGGGAAAAAAAAGUCUACCAAAAAAAGUGAAAAGCCUGUGGCCUCUGACCCACCAGCAAGUAGUGACCUGUUGUCAGCCGUGGAAAAAACACAGGUGGAUACUUCAUCUGAAGGCUCAAACUGAAGGAUCCUCCUCUGACUUGGAGCUGCUUCCAGUGCAUCUCAGGAAUGCUACUACGUGCACUGAUGCACCUGAAGGGGGUCUGCGUGAUGAGAUGCGCAAACAUUGAGUAAUUGCGCAGUAUUCAAAGUUAGAUGCUGUUAUUUAUGUACAAAAUAUGUCUGUCAAUAAACAAGUUUUAUUUCCAAA